GUCGCAUCAGGGUGUUUGUGAAAUCUGACUCCUUGUUUUCUUAUCUAAUGUUUGCAUCGUAACGCUGUGCCUUGCUGAUCUCCAUCCAUCAUCAAAGAAAAUUACAGAUUAAAUUUCAGAAAUCAAGAUGAUAUCUGACGGCUAUCUUGUGGGCGAUGGCUCCUGGGAGCUUAGAGUUUUGGUAACUGAUCUUCAAGUAGAGAGAUCUAUCAGAGUAAAGGGUGAUCUGCAUAUUGGGGGCCUUAUGCUUAAUUUAGUUGAAGAAUUAGAUGUGGCCAAUGAUUGGUCCGAUCAUGCUUUAUGGUGGCCAAAGAAAAAUAUGUGGUUGUGCCGCACGCGUUCUACACUUGAUCAGUGUGGAAUACAAGCAGAUGCUCUAUUACAUUUCACUCCCAUGCAUAAAUAUUUAAGGCUGCAACUUCCAGACUUGAGAUUCAUUGAUAUCAAAGCAGAUUUUUCUGCAAAGACAUUUACAGCUGUAAAAAAGCUGUGCAAGGAACUUGGAAUCAGACAUCCAGAAGAAUUAUCCCUUCACAGACCUUUGACAUCAGAACAUUUAAAGAGGAAUUUUGCUCGUGGUGUUGGAUGUACGCCUCGUCAGCGGAGUAAAGAGCCUACUGCAGGAAUGAACCUUACUCAAAAUAAUAAUAACAAGUCUGAUGGGUUUUUAACUCCUGAUAGUUCAGGUUCAUCUGGUAUACCAUUAAAUACAUCAUGGAAUGAUGGUAGAAGUUAUUCUCCUGCUACUGCUAUGUUUAAUGGAUCAUCUUCCUUUCUGAACUAUUCUGGUGAAAGUAAUGUUUCUGCAACUGACUUACCCCUGGCCUACAGUCCAAAAAGUCCUUCUGAAGAAGCCAGACAAGGUGUAUUACGGCCUAAAAGUUUAGCAGAAAGAGCGCGCCUCAAUGCUGGCUGGUUGGAUUCAUCUUUGUCCAUUAUGGAGCAAGAUAUUAGAGAAUUUGAUACACUUUUGUUGAGGUUUAAGUUUUACUCCUUCUACGACUUAAAUCCCAAGUAUGAUGCUGUGAGAAUCAAUCAAAUCUAUGAGCAAGCAAAAUGGCAGAUUUUAGCAGAAGAAAUUGAUUGCACUGAAGAAGAGAUGAUGCUUUUUUCAGCUUUGCAGGUGCAAGUAAAUUUGCAAGCAAAUCAUCCUCAGCCUGAAGUGUAUCAUGAUGAUGAAGAUGUUGAGACUGCAUUGACAGAUUUACAAGUGACUUUAGAAGGGACUUUGAUAAGUAAAGGAAUGACCAGUAUUACCAAUGUGCCAGAGCUGUCUGAUUACUUAUCUUUUAUGAAGCCAAAACGUUUCACUUUGAAAGGCUUUAGAAGAUACUUCAUCACCUUGAGGGACACAUAUUUGACCCUUUAUAAGUCAAAGGAUGAUGGCCCUAACUUAAACAUUUGUUUGAAAGGUUGUGAAGUUACGCCAGAUGUGAAUUUAUCUCAUGGAAAGUAUGGUAUUAGGCUUGAAGUUCCUAAUCAUGAAGGGAUGACGGAGUAUUGGGUUCGCUGUAGCUCUGAGGAACAAUAUGCCAAGUGGAUGGCAGCAUGUAGGUUAGCUGCCAAAGGUAAAACAAUGGCUGAUAGCUCCUAUGAUUUAGAAGUGAAGUCAAUCAUGGAUUUCUUAAACAUGCAGAAGCCUGCACCUGCACCGGUUAUCAGUCCCUCUCAAAUAGAUAUCAACCCUGAUGACAUGGUUGCUCCUCGAUUUAUCAAGAAGCUCAAAAAUCAAAAGAUAAUUCAAAGAAUUCUGGAAGCUCAUGCAAAUGUGAAAGAUCUGAAUUUGCUGGAAGCCAAACUUCACUACAUUAAAGCUUGGCAGGCAUUGCCUGAGUUUGGAAUGUCUCUUUUUGUUGUAAGAUUUAACAACAGUAAGAGAGAUGAACUGUUGGGCAUUGCUUUCAAUCGUCUCAUGAGGAUGGAGUUAAGCACAGGAGAUCACAUUAAAACUUGGCGUUACAAUACAAUGAAAGUGUGGAAUGUAAAUUGGGAAGUUAGGCAAGUGCGUGUGCAGUUUGAAGAAGAAAACGUGGCAUUUAGCUGCUUGUCUGCCGAUUGCAAAAUUAUUCAUGAAUUCAUUGGUGGCUACAUAUUUCUGUCAAUGAGAUCUAAGGAUCAGAACCAAACAUUAAAUGAAGAACUCUUCCACAAACUUACUGGGGGUUGGGUGUGAUUUUUUUUUUCUUGUCUUCUAAAAUUUAAUUUAACUUGCCCCGACUCCUUUAAGCAAACUAUAAUUGCAUCCACUUGGUGUUCCAAGCAUUUGUAAUUAUGUUUGAAUUAUAAAAAUAACAAAUUAUUUUUUGACAAUUUACUCUGAAAAGUCACUGUACAUAGCUUUUUGUAUGUAAAUUAUGUGUCAAAAAACAAAAUAUAUGCAUUUUCUUUUAGGACUAAACUUUUGUGCAUAUUUUUAGAACUUAUACAAAAGCAUUAUACUAUAUGCACAUUUGCAUAAAACUAUUUUAUUAUUUGUUUUUGAAGCAAGCAAGUUGCAAAGAGUUUAAGUUGAAGUUUAAAAUUACGUAUGGAACUGGUUUUUCAUUUACUUAGUUCAUAAUGUAUGAUACUAUUUGUAAAUUUUAAUUUGCUUUUUUUCAUCCUGGUAAUAUGCAUCAUUAUUGAUGUGUUGUUCUUAUUGAAUGAGAUUUUGGUAGAUUUUUUAGCAUCAUCAUUAUAGAAAAAAUAGAUCUUACUAAGUUGAUCUGAUUCUUGUUAUAAGAAUGACUUAUUAUUAGUUCAAAAUAUCAUUUAAUGUCCUUUUAUAUGUUGUAUGUUUAUAUACAUGUACGAAUAAUCACAUAUAUAUUUAUAAUUGUAUGAUUUUCACAUAUAGUUUUUUUAUGUAUUGGGCUAUAAUGGAGUCGUUUCCAAAAUUUUAAAAGUAUUUUUUGCUGAAAGAGCAUGCUUAAAAACAUGGGAUAUGACCAUUUUUUAAAUAAUUCGUUUAAGUUUAAUAAUUUUAAAAAAUUACUUACUUGAAUCGGUGCACUUUCAUUGUUUGUUUCUGCCCGAUGACAUCGCAAAUGAUAAAAUGCCAUUCAGUGUUGCCAUUCACAGACCAAAAUAUUUAAUUCGCAUCUUGACUCAUGUGUAUUGGCAACGAUAUGGUUGAUAGCAAGCUUAGAGCGCAAUUUUAAUUCGAUUGUUGAUUAUCAUAACGUGGAACCGUGGUAGAAAGAUGCUCCAAAAUGCAUCAUUUGUGACAUUAAGACCACGCCUUGCUUGAAAAAUCGGACAUUUAAAAAAAUUGAUUAAAAAACAACUGUUGGGAAAAGAAAAAUAUUUUCUGGGUCCAUGUUUUUUUUUGCUUAUUCUUUCAAUUUCAGUGACUAAAAGUAGUACUUUUGACUGAAGGAAACAACCCCAUUGUGUGAAAUUAAAUUUAAAUUCAAGCUUUUGGAUUAAGAGACAUGGUGCAAGAUUUAUACAAUGUUCACAUUUUCAUCACUCCUGUAAUUGCAAGGUAAAACAAGACAAAAAAAAAAAAAAAAACCUUGAAUUUACAAGAAUUUAAAAAAUAUAUAUAUAUAUAGUACGGGAGGGAGUGUUUUUCAGAUAUGCUGUCUAGUACUGAGAUCUUGCUUACUUUAGCUUCGAAGUACUCGACGAUAUUCUAAUAUAAUCAGUACAUUUUCUCCCUUAAAUGAAGAAAUUUAUCUAGUAUGAUUAAUACUUAUAUUAUGGAAUGUUUAAUACUUACAUGAAAUAGCUAGUAAUAAAUAUCAGGGAAAAGCUAGAUUCCUAGAUUUUUUGUGAUUUGUGACCUGAAAUUUCAGGUUAUGCAUGAUGUUUCUGAAGUACAUUUUUACCAUUCAUAUUUGUAAUUAAAUUUUCUCCACAAAAGUACAGAGUCUGUUUUCUUUAUAUAAAUGGUUUUCAGAAGAAUUGCCAAUAAACUAGCUGGGAGAGUGUGUGAUUCUCUUUUGUUCGACUUCUUUUCGAGAAUAAGUCCUAAACACUAAACAGAAUUUUGACUCCUUUGUUGUUACUUGAAAAUCUCAGACUAGGGGGACUAAAAAUAAAAGUGCUGUAUCAGCAAGAAGUAAAGUGAAUAACUUGAAUUUUCCUAACACCAUGUCAAAAAAAUAAUUGGAAAUAAUUUGCACUUUAGCUAUGAGCCUUGAAAGUGUGUCUACAAGUAUUAUUUUAUAGCUAAGUGAAGUUUCAAAUAAUUUCAGAAGAAAAUGAACUGUCAGAUUGUGUAAAAUUUAAAAUAUACAAAAAAAAAAAAAAAAAUCCAACUCCACAUUAGCAUUACUUAAUAUUGGUAUGAAAAAAGAACAAAACGAAAUUUUAAGGGGAAAGAACAUCAAUUUGCACUUUCCCUUCCCUCCGUGCUCCAAAUUUCAUUAAAAUAAAUCAAAUUAAUUUUUUCCUAUGCAAAAUUUUUACAAAUUGGUGUAUUUUCUUUCAUAUUAUUUGAAAAGAUUUUUGUGCCAGUUAGGUUUCAAUCCUUCAACUAAGGAAGAAAUUUAUCUGCUAAAGUAUGUGUUACCAUGUGAAGAUUUUUGCCAUGGCAAUUUCCAGGAAUUUUAAAUUAGGGUCGCAAUCACUCAUGAAGUAUUUCAAGUAAUUUGGUCUUUUAUGCAUUAUUGAAUGUAUCUUUCUUGUUUAACUACUAUUCUAUGUUUAUUUGCUUGUGCAGAAAGUACUUGCUUUAAGUUUUUAAAUUGUAAUGUUGCAAAUUUUUUAAUUGGUCCAUUUGGUGCUGAUUGACAAUUAAAUAUCUCUUAUGUAACAGAUAUUAUGCAAAGAGAUAAAGUAUUUUAGACACAUACAUAUUAUAUGCUUAAAAUCGCCCGUCAAGAUAUGAUGGGUGAAACUUUAUUUUACAUUUGAAGGAAGCAAUUGCCUGUUGGUGGUAUUUUGAUAGUUGAAAUUGUAACGCCAAUUUCAGUGGAUUAACCCUAAACUCCAGUAGUUAGCAUUCAUAGUUGAUCACUUUUUCGUUUCUUCAUUCCCCUGAAAUAUCACAUUCUUACCAGUAAAACAGUUAAAUUACCAGAUCGAGUUCAGCCUUGUCGCAAUAAAGCCUUUCCUUGCAUUUUAAACAUUACGCAAACAUAUUAUCAAAUUAUCAUGCCGUGGCGCGAGUUUCUUUGUUGAUCAUGUUAGAAGCGUGACUCGAUCAUUGGCUAUUGUAUAUAUGAGGAUGAUUAAAAUUUAACUGUAAUGUCCCUUAUUCCGAAGUUGUAUCACUGGAAGCAACUUUGAGCUUUUUUUUUUUUUUUUUUUUGUAACCACAUUAAAAAGUUGUUGAUCUUGUAACCACAUAACAUUAUUUAUGUAAUUUCAUACAGAGGUCUCAUUUGUUCUGUUAACAAUGCUUUCAACAUUUUCUUAUUUGUUUGAUUUUGUUACAAAUUUGCAUUGCUUUUGAUCAAUCUUGUUUUAUAGAAUUUCAAACUUGGAAAAUGUAUUGAAUUUCUAAUUCACAGAAAAUUUAUUGAAUAAAAAAAAAACCAACACUGUUCAUUGAGAUUAUAUGCACAAAAGUUGUGCCAUAUAUUUUGCCAGCUAAUAACAUUUUUAUGUAAAAUUUGGAUCAAAAACUUUUUUUUAUUGGGAUAUUUUAAAACUGUUUUUUUUUUUUUUUUUUUUGCUAAAUUUUUUUGUUAAUUUAUCUGAAAACAUCUUAUUUAUGUAGUUUUCAUAUAGUAGAAUCACUGCACAGUGUGGUUUCCUUUCUCAUAUAUUAAUUUUGUUAUUUAAUACAUGCUCGAUUAAAAAUUUAAUUUUAGAUGAAAUACCUAUACUCGGAUAGAAAAAUAUUGUUCAUGCACACAUAAAUGAAACUUGUUAACUAUGUAGUGCCAUUUGAGGGUGUCAAAUUUCGUUAUAUUUUUGUAUCGUAGUAGCCAUUAUUUAUUUUCUUUUCUUUUUUUUUUUUAACUCCUAAUAUUUGUAUCUAAGGACCAGACUAACUUAAAACUGGCAGUUGUCAGGUUGUUACUGCAUGUACACUCUACUUUGCAUUAAGCCAUAAUAACAUUUUUUGUUUCAACAAAUUCUUUUAUCAUUAUUUACCAAUGUUGUGAGAGUGCGAGUCUCAACCUUUUUAUGCACUAGACAAACGUCUUUAUGCUCUCACAUAGUAGUGAUCAAGUGAUUUAUUCUUUUCUGGUUUUGAUGUACAGAUAUUGUGCUAACUGCUAACUAACUUUUUUUUUUUUUUCAUUUCAUGAAAUUUCCAAAAAUAAAAAAAGGAAAUUUUUUGUUAGAUGCAACUUUUUAGUUUAGGGAAUUAAGAACUGGUACUAAUAAUUCUACCUCAGAAUAUUUUUCAUGAUUACAUUUCUGUAUGUAUGUGUACUAAAGUGUCAUGAAAAGAAAUCAAACAGGAUUCUAUUUGUACAUUCUUGAUAUUAAAAAAAAAACAUAAUUUGUAUAUAGGAAUACUUUAUAAUACAUUUUGUUUUUCAUACAUUUUCUUUUGCCAUUUUUGUAUAAUUGAAAGGUAUAUUCAAUGAAUUUAAUUUUUAUGUUGUGAUAUGCCUAUUUGUGCAGAGGUUUCCUGAAGAAGUUUGUAUACAAAUACAGAGUUUAUGAAGUAUUUGCCAUUAAGUAAUAUCACUUUAAUUCAGAUUGCAAACUUUGUGAUGAUGGUUACUUCAUGUGAAGUUGACCCUGAAUGUUAAUUAUAAAUACACAAGGUUUUUCUUAUUUCUUUCUUUUACUUUUUACUUUAUAUUUUAAUUUUUUGUAAUAAUUUUGAAUCAAAACAUGUUUUUGCUCAAAAGUGCAUUAUUUUGUUAUCCAUUAUUUGGAAGAGUUUUGUUAUACUUUAUUGUUACAAAGAAAUCGUUAAGGUGUUUUUCCCCUUUAAUUUAAUUAAAAAAAAGAAUAGGGGUUCUGUAUUUUCUGUAAAAUUUUGUUAACUGUAUAUUUCUAUAUCACUUGUUGACAGAUCACAAUGUUUUUCUUUCUUGAAUUCAUUAUCAUCAAUAUUUGGACUUUUUUUUUCAUGUGUAGGUUUAAAUAAAAAUAACUUGUUUAAAAUCAUAAAGCAUUUAUUUUGUUGUGUUAACUUUUUUGCUAGUAAAUGUCAUUGCAAAUGAAAGUUUUCACACUUAAUUUGCAUUUCUUGCAUUAUAUGUAUUUUAUUUCAACUGUUUUUCCAUUAUAAAAUUGUAUAUGCUUUUCAAACCUCAUGUUAAAGGUCAAUCAAUGAGGAAAACCAUUUAAAAAAUCAUGCUAUUAAUAUAAUGUUUCCUACACAAAAAAAAAAGGUUUUUUUUUUUUUUUUUUUUUUUUUUUUUGAAGAAAUUAUCAAUUUGCUUGUAGUUACAGUCAAUUCGCGAUAACUCAAAGUCUGAUAACUCAAAUAUUACUAUAACUCGAAGUUUUUAUCAAGAUUACUCAAAAUUUAUUUCGAAAGAACGAAAAAGAAAAGAAAGAAAGAAAGAAGUGACUAUGAGCGAACAAUUAUUUCACCUUUACUUGCAAUUCCUGCACAAUAGACCUUUAAAGCAAAAAGAGCACCUGUUGAGUCAAUGUCCAAUAAAGAAAUGUGAAAAUUAGUUAGCUUGUUUUCUUUUGUUCUACUGUACUGUUUACACUUUGACAUAUUGCUGGACUAUGAAUUUGCUUUUAAGCUGUCAAGUCAACUAAUUGUACCUUUAUUCAAAGGCUGAUCUAACUUAAAAUGAGUUUCCCUUAGUUCUUUAGUUCCAUCAUUUGCUGAUAAGUUCCAAAGAGACGGAGAGAAUUUUCUUUACUAUUAAAGAUGUCUAAGCAAGUACACUGUCAAUGAUAUUAAAAGAAAAAGAGAAACUUCUAAAGCGGUAGAAUACUGGGAUCUGAAUUCGAAAUGAAUGAAGAUGUGCACCUAUCCUGAAGUAGAAUCAGCUCUAUUCAAGUGGUUUCAGUAAUAUCAAAAUCAAAACCAUGCUUUUGAUUUUUUUCUUUCAAUACAUUUGAUUAAACUGUGCAUAUUGUGCUUAAAAACUUUUAAGUUCUAUAAUUUUGUCUGUUAUAUGUACAUAUUAAAGUAUUCGAUGGUUUUUAAUAUUAAAAUAUCGAAAAACGAAACUGGCGUUAAGUCGAACUUCCGAUAAGUUGAAGUUUUUGGUCGGUCCCUUUACAUUCGAGUUAUCGCGAAUUUACUAUUAAGCUUUCUGUUUUUUUUUUUUUUUUUUUUUUUUUGUUUUUUUGCCAUCAAAGUUCAUAAAACCAAAAAGAUCAAGGAAGCAAAAAUUGAUAUAUUAUUAAGUUCAUGCCAGAAUGUGUAUUAUUGAAUUUAUAUUGAAGGUGUGACCGCAUCUUAGUAAUUAAAGAGUGUUCAUGUGUCCAGAGAUUUUACUGUUGCUUGUAUAGUAGAAACCAUCAUUACAUAGUCAAAUCAAACUUCAUUUUAGCAGAUAAUGUCAAACAACUAAUAUGAGUGGUUUGCCCUUGUCUCAAUUUUCAAGAGCUGGGUAGUUCUUGGUAUGCUUGAUCAUGCUUGGACAAUCAGUUAGCUUUUACUUAAAUGAUAAGAAGUGUGGUUCCCCACUUGUUUCACUUCUGUAUCGAAAAAAGUCCUUGAAGGUGUUGAGUUUAUUAUUAAAAACAUUAACCUGAAAUGAAUAUACUGGUUAUUGUAAAGAGAAUACAUUUCUUUAGUUUUGGGGUUAAUUGAAUAGUCUUCAAUAUUUGAAUGAGUAUUUUUUAAUUGAAUGCUGUAAAGGUGUAAUUUUUUGUUUUUGUUGUUAAGUGCAUUCAGAUGGUAGUCAGUAAUCCUUUUAAU